AUGGACGGCGAGAUCCCACUCCCUCCGCCGCGGCGGAUCCGCCACCGGUCCCCAGCGCAUGCAACAAGCCACGCGGGCACAGGCUCUGGGUCCGUAGCUUCAUCAUUCCACAAAUCACGCCGCCUGUCGCGCUUCGAUGACCGGUCCAGCCAGCCGUCCAGUGAACCCCCGCUCUUUUCCAGCGAUGACAUCCCAGCCUCGGGAGUAGAAAACUACCACGCACCGGUGUCGACGGGUGCGGGCAGAAAGCGGCGGUAUCGCGGUACCUGGUGGGGGGAGCAAGUCAUUGAUCCGAAGCGCAAGCGUGCCGAUUUCAAGGAGAAGCGCCAUGUCGAUAGCGGCGUGUGGAUGGGUAGUGACGAGUCCGCGGCCGAAUCGUUUCUGUCAUCUGAGGAUGGCUCGGCCUGGGGCGAGGAUCUGUUGAAGACUGCGCUGAAUCUGCGCGCUACUGCCAAGUCGGCGGCUGCUCCUGCGUCUCUGCCGGCGCAAUCGAAGACGGCGUUUAAACGGCCCGAGGAGCCGGCUGAGCACCGGCUCGCACGAACUGUAGUUGCCGAUUGUCUGGAGAAGGGUCAGGAUAGCAUCGAUCUGGGGAACUUGCAUCUGAGGACCAUCCCCUCUGGCCUGCUGCAACCCUUGCAGCAUCUGACCAAGCUUCCCACCGUGGGCGAGGCCCCGGUAUCAGAAAAUGUGUUUACGUCUCUGCAGCCUUUCCUUCGCAUCUUCCUCCCCAACAACUCCCUCUCGCUGCUGCACCACGAACUCUUUGAGCUGGCCGACCUCAAGGUCCUGAGUGUGCGCAACAACAAGCUCACCGAGAUUUCGCCGACUAUCCGUAGACUGACGGCGUUGCAAGUUUUGAAUGUCUCCGUCAACCGGCUGAGCUAUCUUCCAUGGGAACUGUUGUGGCUCGUGCAGCAGGGGGAACUCAAGCAUCUGACCGCGCGUCCCAACUCAUUUCUGGCGAUUGAAGAAGCCCAGAUCGCAGCGUGGAGCCAUCGCUCCGAGUCGAAGAGCGACAAACCAUCACAAGACCCGCUCCAGUUCCGCGAGUACGAGGGAUCUCCGCCCGCCGAGGCCUGGGCUCCCAUCCACAUUGCCACGGGGCCGACAAAAUGGCUGAAUAUGGAAGGUAAUCCGACAAGCGACAACCUGUCCCCGAGCACGAUAAAGACACCCGCAGAAUCCUCCGGUGCAACAAGCGCCCCAUCAUUUCGCGAGAUCGCCCUUCGUGCCGUGAGCAAGCUGCCCUACCUCGAGCACGUCUCCGACGCCGAGCUGGCCGAGUAUCCAGCCAUGGUGGUUCCGUUGCUGCGACAGGCGAGAGAGGUGCGCAUCGCCGGCGGCCAGCCCUGCUCGGUGUGCGGUCAGGAGUAUGUGAUCCCGCGUACGGAAUGGCUGGAGUGGUGGGACUGCUCUCCAUGCGAGAACGGGAUGAAGGGGCCUCGUUCCUCGGGCGAGAAACUGCGGCCUUUGCCGUUCCGUCGCUUUGGGUGUAGUGUGCACUGUGUGCUGGGGUCUUAG